AUGCAGUUCGAGCUAAUGACGCUGCUAAAAAGGAAUGGUAGACUGGAGCAGAACAACAUUACGGUGUGUCAGUACAAUGUUGAGUUCCACUGGCCGUCACCGAAAGAAGCACGCCGAUUCGCAGAAUAUUUGCUCGAUACAGUCCGUGAUGCAAGGUAUCUGCCACUGAAGCCUAUCAAAUUCUGGAAAAUUGCCAGGCUAUAUGCGUUAAACGUGGACGACAAAAUAUGCGCUGAGCGGUAUUUGCUCAAAGCUUAA